CGAAUGGUUAACUUACUGUUUAUACUGCCAUCUAGGGUAAUGGAUCGUAAGAUGCAAUCUCAAAUUACACAUCUUUCUCAUUUCUCACAUUUUUUUCUUGUGUAGCUAAAUCUGUGAAACAGCUGAAACUACUAUUUAAAACUAUUUAACAGAAAACUAGGCUAUCUUCCCUUUCAGUUCCACGGCUCAAGAGCGAGGCGGUUACCGUGGCAACGACGCCGUCAACAAACGUUGACAGCGGUGUUGUGUUGAAGCGGUGCUUGCUCGUCGAAAAGACACCUUUUAGUUGGCUCCAGGCGAAAUAUGGAGAAGUAUGAACAGGUUUUAUGUCUUGGCAGAGGAGGGGCAGCAGACGUGUUUCUGAUGAGACACGUGGAGAGCAAGAGCCUACACGCAGUGAAGAGAAUAAAGGUGGAGGAUUCAAGGACAGCAAAGACACAGAGGGCGAUUCUCCAAGAAGCUGACAUCAUCAGGAAGUUGCAGCACCCUCACAUUGUAAAGUGCAGCGACGCCUUUGUGAAUUCUUAUGAUGGAUUUAUUUACAUUGUGAUGAACUACUGCGAUGGCGGGACAAUAGAUGACAAAGUUAAAGAGAGGAAACCAAAAGAGUUUUUCACAGAGGAUACAGUGAUGAGGUGGUUUGUACAGGUCGUUUUAGCUGUAAAUUAUAUACACGCAACUAAAAUACUACACAGGGACAUCAAAACCUCAAAUGUACUGCUAACAAAAGAAGACGUGGUGAAGUUAGGGGACUUUGGGAUAUCCAGAGUGAUGACCUACACAGCAGAUAUGGCUUCCACAUGUGUUGGGACACCCAGCUACCUCAGUCCUGAGCUUUGCCAGGAUGUCCCAUACAGCUCCAAGUCUGAUAUCUGGGCUCUUGGCUGUCUGCUGUAUGAGAUCUGUGCUCUCCGACCUCCGUUUGCAGCCACAAACCUCCUGAGUCUGUUCUUCAAGAUCACCAAAGGAGAGUACGAUCCUGUGGAUAAUGUCUACUCUGACAACAUCUCUUCUUUAAUUCACACAAUGCUCCACCUCAACCCCGAAAACAGGCCGAGUGCUGCCUGCAUACUCAGCGGUGCCUAUGUGCAAGAUCGCCUGAAGUCUCUCAAAUACACAGAGACCGGCUGUGUUGCUGUGACUGAAUCUAACGGGGAGAGCUGUGACGCUAGUAUUAAAGGAAAAGUCGCAGACAUAGGUGCCACACCACAGUCAGAUGUUCUUAGUCAGCCCCACACAUGGGAUGAAAUACAACACACUAUGGAGGCCAGCACCAGUGAGGAAGAUUGUGAUGCUGUGUGUGUUGGAGGACAGAUUCACUGCGACUAUCCCGAAGACUUUGAUGAAGAUGAAAGUUUGUCCUCUCUUGAGGAUCAUAGUGAACACUCCAUGAUGAGGAGCGAAUCUGCUGAGCCUAUUGUGUCUCCAGAGGCUCUUGAUGUCCCAGGACAACCUGAAUAUCCAGAUGACUUUGAGGAAGAUGAUGUGGAAGAAGAUUAUGAGGGCGAGCAGUAUGACGAUGUACCAGAGGAGGAGUUUCAGCUCCAUGACGCUGGAGGUUUGACUGUCACCCUAAAAGCACUGAAAGAGAAGGGCUAAAAACACUUACACUGCACUGAAAUAAAGGGAUCUUAGACAGCUGGAACAGGGAAGUGUGAGUAACUGUCUCGUUUAAGUUUUCAUGGAAUUGGUAAUACCACCAUCCAACCACUAGGGGGCCAUGGCUGUCAUACAGCACAUUUAGUGCUAGGUGAUGCUCAAAAUACUUGCUGGGGCCAAAGGAAAUAAAUCAAGUCAGUGUGUGCUGUCAGUACGGCUGUUCAGUGGUAACAAUAUUACUGAAUGAGGUUUCUAAGUAGCAUCAUAAGGAUGGAUGGUAAUGAUGAGCACAGCAUAAGUGACUGGAUCAUUUUUUAAAACAGAAAUUAUUUUUAAUACAUUUUACAUUCAACACAAGGACACAGUAUCUAUAUUGAUAUUUAAUGCUCAAGGUAAAGAUAUCAGUGUUUCAUUUGGAUGCUCAACCUUGUUCAUAUCUAUUACAUGUAUACUAAUAUGUACACUACUGUAUGUAUUGUCUUCUCUGAACCUUGUCUUUCUUGCUAGUAUUUUAUUACUGAAAUGAAACAGGGUUUAUCUUUUAUCUUUAUCACGAUAAAAGCAUAAUUAUGCAUGCAAAUGCGCCUUCAAAGGAAGUAUGUGGUUUAUGGAGCUUGCCACAAAGAUGUUGUGAUAACUAAUAAUGCAGCUAUAAAUAAGAUAAAAUCAAGAAUGAGAAAUGCAUUUAGAAUCGAAAAAAAAAAAACCUGAACCUUAAACUACAAGUACUCCGACCUUUAAUUACAAAGUUCUGUCUAAAAUGAACAAAAUAAAUCCAAAUGAUUAAAAAAAAAACUUUUAUUUGUCCUUACAUGCUGCAUUUGUGUGUCUAUUUUAUUUUUAAUGUAGUCAAAAAACUACCUUAUCUGAGCUGUUAGUUCAACUACACGCUUGAAAAGACGUUCAUGUAUAUAUUAAAGGAUUACACAUCAGCUUUAAACAACUGGCGAGGGGAGCAAGGGACAGAAAACACUUGGCAUGAGUAAUCUUUAUUUUGUGUAUAUUUUACUUGUAUUUUACAG